AUGGCGCCCAUGAAUCAGCAGAGUAAUUACUCUAGUAGUAAUUAUGGUGAGGCCAUUGUCCGUCAGGCCAAUGUCCUCGCCAGCUGCUACAUUGUCGAUUCUGCCGCGACUCUUCGCGGUCUCCACUACUGCACUACCGGGGCCGCAGCCUCAAUCUCGAGACAAGAACGCCGAUCGGUCGGCUUGUCUCUCCUUCCCCGUCAUCCCCACUCCCAUGCAUUCUCGCUCACCCGAAACUCUGGAAACGCCGAGACUGACAUCUGCUAUCAACAGGGGCCGAGUGGUAUUCCUGAGGUCCCCUCCUCAGGAUUACCAUCUCCUCCGUCAAGUCCCCCCCUCGCGGCUAUCACGGCGUCCAACGAGCUCGCGCUGCUUCCCAAGGCCAGCAGCAAGCGUCGCGACGCCGUGCCAGGCAAGCGAAUUAGCCGCCGAGGGGGGGCGGCACUCUCGAUCAGGGAAGAAUGUGAAAGGUUCUUUUGCGAGUCCAUGAGGGCUGUGUUCCGCGGUGAGACGGACACUGGCCCCCGUGGCUCCGGCCUGCAUCAGGGUGUUUAUAACAACAAUGGCAGCACGAACGCAACAAUGCUGCAGACUCCGCCGCCCGACGAGGACCUCGCCGUCCAGCCGCACUCCUUUGGGGGUCGGUGCGAGGUCGCGGACGGAAACCCCAUGGCGUCUUCCGCCCCGGCCCCGGCCACGGCGUGGUUGGAGGUGUGGGACUUCGCCGGCGGUGCGAGUUUCCGGGCCUUUGUGGCGGACGACGGGACCGAAAAGUCCCUGUUCGCCUUGUUUGACAGGAACGUCAUCGGACGUGACCUGAAGCCAGCGCUUAUGGCGCUGAUGGAAUUGGUCGACGGACCCCUCGAUUGCCAACACCUGGUCAUCUGCAUCGACCGGGGCAUCGAGGAGGAGGACGCGAAGUCGCUGAUGAAGAGCCUGCAGUGGGUUGGCUUCGAGCUGACGACGCUAGACCACUGGGCACGCGAUGUGGACGUGACGAGCAACCAGUGGCUGUUUAUGAGCAUGGAGAUCUAG